CGGCGGUAGCAGCCCGGCAGGCACCCUCCAGGCGAGGAAGACGCCGCUUCGCCCGCUCGCCCCUCCCACCCCUUUGCUGAUACACCACUUGGUACGUUCUGCUGCCUGGGUCCCCGCCAGCCCUUCUUGCCGAGCCAGACAGCCUGAGUUGCACUCUCCCGGCCAGAGGGAGAAGUCCCGGCGCUGGACCACUCCCUGGGAAGAUGAGAUUGCUGGGAGCUGCGGAAGGGCUUGCCUCUGACCCGCUGCUGUGAGUGAGGGGCCUGCUGCGGGGUGGCCCUUGGAGCAGCAGAGGCCGGCACUGGCAGACCACUUUGCCUGUCACCAUCGGGAGAAGAAGCCAUGUCAGGACCUGAAGCGCACAGCCACGCCAGGAGGCUGCCCUCCGACAUGGACAACGGGCAGCGGGGGCUGGACCCAGAGCAGAUGCAGCAACAGCAGCUCAAACUACGUGAGAGACAGAGAUUCUUUGAGGAGGUUUUCCAGCAUGAUGUAGAUUUCUUCUUCCCCGUAUCCCAUCUGCAGAUAGAGCACAGGAGACCUCCCUUAGGCAGCAUUUCCUCCAUGGAGGUUAACGUGGACAUGCUGGAGCAGAUGGACAUGAUGGACCUCUCUGACCAAGAUACUGUGGAUGUGUUUCUCAGCUGCGGGGCGGAGGACAACAACAAUGUCGCCGCUCUCUUGCCAGAUUCCAGCCAGUACCAGGAAGAAAUCUCUCUGCAAGUGCCCAACACAGCUGAAAGCAAGUCCCGGAUCUCGUCCACAUCCUCCGCCUCCACAGACCUGAACAGCCUGGACACCAGUGAGGAAGGGGCUGAGACCCCCGUGGUACAGUCAGAUGAGGAAGAGCUGCAGCAAGAUGGCCCUGAAGAGCAGGAGAGCAGAAGCUAGCGGGAGGCGAGGGGGUUGCCAUGCUCCACCUCCACCCGACCCGCAUGGACGCCGCCAGCAUGAGAUGAUGAAAGGACAUUGUUGGCUGGCUUAUCUGACUCCUACUGAGUAAACCCUGCAGAGGCUCCCCUAUCCCAGUCGUAACAUGGGGAAAGUUAGAGAAAACACUCCCCCCUACAAGAUGGUUGGUGUGUGGAGAAAGCAAGGAGCAGAGGGGGGAGAGCUGGGUGAGGCAAGGGCACUGUAGAACUUCAGAAACUAACUCUCCAGGCUUUUCCUGCUAACGCUCCUUCUUCACUCAUCCUGACUACUUGGGUUAGCUGUGACAGCAGCCCUAGUUAUGUCAAACAAGGCUUUUGCAUACGCUCGCGGCUUCCCUAAUCCUAAAACACACACGCACACACCAAACGUUAACCAUGACAUAACAGAAAUUAUAUUUCUUUUCAAAAACCAA